GUGUAAUGGUCACAUGAUGAAAGAGUUGCUUCGUCUGGAUUUUAGUCAUUCCUUAUCAGUAUUUAGAUUGUAUUUCAGUUUGCCUUCCUGAAUCAGACUACUGUGUAUGUGCGUGUGUUUGUUCUCCAGUAUAGAAUGUGUGGCGUCUUACCAAAUAGUCAUGUCGAGUACGAAAGUUUGCAAGAUGAAACAGUACAAAUUAUUGAAGACGAAGUCCUCGUAAAAUGUUGGGGGUAUAAAUGUAACUGUGCCAAAACAUUCUUGUUUUAUAUUUCAUCGAUUUUACUUGUUGGAACGCCUUAUUUAGUGCUUCAUUGGUGGUCUCACUACGAGGCCUACCUAAAAUGUUCAAGGUGUUCAUUAUCAGACGCUGACCAUGUACUUCUUGAGUCCGAAGGGCAGAAAUAUUUUCAUGCAGUGGUUACAACUGAUGGCAUUUGUAAUGAUUAUGCCAUUGGUCAAUUACGAUAUUUUAUCCAUCAGGAACUGAAGUUUAUAUGGAGCAGUAGCUUAAACAGAUUCUAUCGACUGCAUGGACUGGAUGACCAGAGUCUAACGUUGUCUGAAAUUCUGGAUGGAAGCAAAGGUCACAAUUCUGAAGUACGGCAACAGAUGUGUUUCCUGUAUGGUGAAAAUACCAUGUCAGUGAAAGUCAAGUCUUAUUGGUCAUUGUUUGUGAAUGAAGUUGUGAAUCCAUUUUAUAUUUUUCAAGUCUUCAGUAUUACUUUGUGGUCAUUAGAUAAUUAUUAUUAUUAUGCUGGGUGUGUCCUCCUGCUAUCAGCACUUUCUAUUGGAAUAUCUUUGUGGCAUACCAAACAGCAAAGCAUUUCACUGAGCAAACUUGCUGAGGAAUCCUGUUCAAAUAAAGUGACUCUACAAUGUGAAAAUGGAAAAUGUGUGGAGGUUGAUUCAAAAUAUUUGGUCCCAGGUGAUGUGAUCAUAAUUCCACAGCAUGGAUGCUUGAUGUCCUGUGAUGCCAUCUUGUUGAGUGGCAGUUGCAUUGUAAAUGAGAGCAUGCUUACUGGGGAAAGUGUGCCUGUGACAAAAACCCAGCCUUCGCAUUCAGAUGCUGUGUACAGUCUGCAAGAACACAAACGGCAUACUUUGUUCUCUGGCACUCGAGUUCUGCAGACACGGUUUUAUGCAAAUCAUCAGGUUUCUGCUCUUGUAGUUCGUACAGGAUUUUCUACUCUAAAAGGCGAAUUAAUCCGAUCCAUCAUGUUCCCUAAACCCAUAGGGUUUAAAUUUUAUCAAGAUUCUGUGAAGUUUAUAUUGGUUCUCUUCGCAAUUUCUCUUCUGGGAAUGGCCUUCUGUAUCUAUGUAUUCCUGAGGCAUAAAGCGACCUUGAAAGAGCUGAUAUUGCGGACAUUGGAUGUCAUCACGAUAGUAGUUCCACCUUCGCUACCAGCUGCCAUGACAUCAGGCACGGUUUAUUCACAAAAUCGUUUGAAGAAGCUGGGUGUGUUUUGUAUUUCACCUCCCAGAAUUAAUAUAUGUGGAAAGAUGAAAGUUAUAUGUUUUGACAAGACAGGAACCCUGACAGAAGAUGGUUUGGAUAUGUGGGGUGUUUUACCUUCGAAUGAUGCAAAAUUUGAAGUGGAACCAGUUCUUGACAUUAAAAAGCUUCCUUACAAAUGCCACUUAGUAACAGCAAUGGCUACAUGCCACUCACUCACCCAUUUAGAAGGCAAUCUUGUUGGAGAUCCACUUGAUGUCAGCAUGUUUGAAGCAAUAAAUUGGGAACUAGAGGAACCAGCUUCUGAUACUGCACGUUUUGAUAAUCUUGCUCCCGCUGUAGUCAAACCCAGGAUCCUGUGCGGUGGGGAGGGAUCUUUCCUCAUGACACCUUUCAAUGAAUCUGAGAUUCCAUAUGAAGUUGGGAUUCUACGUCAGUUUCCUUUCACAUCUGCAGCUCAGUGCAUGUCAGUCAUCACUAGAGUUCUGGGCAGCAAGUUCAUGACAGUUUAUUGCAAAGGUGCCCCAGAAAAAAUUGUUAGCCUGUGCAGGAAAGAAACUGUGCCACGAGAUCUACACAGAAUACUUACAAAUUAUGCCUCUGGUGGCUUCAGAAUUAUAGCAUUGGCAUAUAGAGAUUUAGAUCCCAAGUUUUCAUGGUCCCAAGCACAACGAGCCAGAAGAGAAGUGAUGGAAUGUGAUCUUACAUUUCUUGGACUUCUGAUGCUGUGUAACAGCUUAAAGGCCGAGACACUGGGUGUCAUUCACCAUCUACAGACAGCUAAAUUACGGUGUGUUAUGGUUACAGGCGACAAUAUUCUUACAGCAGUCAGUGUGGCAAGAGACUGUGGCAUGGUACUACCAUUAGAAAAUGUUAUCCAGGUUGUAGUUACUCAAUCUGAAGAUGGUGAAUCUGUGUCAUUAAAACUGAAGCCCAUUGGAGGAGGCUUGUAUCCUGAAUCACCAAGGAAUGAUUAUAGUAGUGAUGCUCUUAUUACCUUGGAUCUGGGUGCUAACUGGCAUUUCGCUGUUGAUGGACACUCUUGGAAAAUGAUUAAUGAUCAUUACCCAUAUCUUGUUCCACAAAUCGCAGCAAAGGGAACCAUAUUUGCACGCAUGUUACCUGAUCAAAAAGCUCAGUUGGUUGAAUCACUGCAGAACAUUGACUAUAUUGUGACAUUUUGUGGUGAUGGUGCAAAUGACUGUGCUGCCCUGAAGACAGCUGAUGUUGGUGUGUCAUUAUCUGAGGCAGAAGCUUCUGUAGCAGCACCAUUUACCUCAAAACAUGCUAACAUUGAAUGUGUUCUGCAUCUUGCACGUGAAGGGCGAUGCGCUCUUGUUACUAGUUUUGGGUUAUUCAAAUACAUGGCACUUUAUAGUUUGAUCCAGUUUUUUUCAACUCUCAUACUGUAUAAUCGCAGUUCCAUAUUAGGAGAUAUGCAGUUCCUGUACAUAGAUUUAGUUAUCACAACAUCACUUACUCUAGUUAUGGGACUGACAGGUCCGUCAAAGAAAUUAGUCCCACAGAGGCCUACCGGGAGCUUAGUAUCACUUGCUAACAUAGUGCCAUUAACAAUUCAUGUUAUGUUAGUGGCAUUGAUGCAGAUAGCAAGUUUACUUUUUCUUACCCAACAAAACUGGUUUGUGCCCAUUGAUCCUUCAACACCGGGGGAGCAUAUUUUGUCUUGGGAAAAUACGACAGUAUUUUGUACAAGUUGUUUUCAGUAUUUAGUACUUGCAGCAUUAUUUUCAAAAGGCCGUCCACAUCGUACACCAUUUUACACAAACUGUCUGUUAACAACAUUACUCAUAACACUUGGCAGUUUUACUACAUGGUUGUUAGUGUAUCCCUUAAAACCAGUGGCAGAGUUUUUUGAAGUGGAAUCACUUUCAGAUGUUGAAGGUCAGCAGAUGUAUAGAUUAUAUCUACUGGGAUUUUCUGCAGUUCACAUGAUCUUAGCAUUCCUUGUGGAGACCUGUGUGGCAGACAAGAAGUGGAUGAAGACAUUUCUUCAUUGCAUCACAAGAAAGCAUGAACCAAAAAGUAGAUAUAAGAAAGUAUGUCUUGAUAUGGCUACUAAUGAUACGUUGUUAAAUUAUGUUGAUUCGUAGAGACAGCUGAGUAGUGUGUAACUACUCAUAUCUUACAUUUAUGUUUUUUCUUUGUUUUAUAAAAUCUCCAAAGUAU